AUGAGACAAGGCACAUCCCGCCAUGCGAUGCUGCAAGUGAGUGGGAUGACCUGCUCCAACUGCAGCUUUGCCGUUGAGAGGGCCAUGAAGCAGCUGGACUUCGUGGAGCAGUGCCAGGUCGACCUGAUCAACGGGAAGGCCUCAGUUCUCUACCGCGUGGAGGGCGGUGCAGGUCCUGUCCACACCGCUGCGGAGCUUUGCGCAGAAGUAGAAGCCAUUGGAUUUGAUGCCAGCGUGUUGGAAGACUUUGAGGACUCGCAGGCAUCCAGUGCCCGAGCUUCACUGCAUUUGUUGGUGGCUGGUGGCACAGGUGCCUUGCCGGACCUGAAGUCCAUGGAUGGCAUUUUGGAGGUGGUGGAAGAUGGACCGGGCGAGCUCACCAUCUUCUACGAUCCUCUCCGCUCGGGCGCGAGGAAGAUCGUGUGCAGCCUGCGAUCGCAGGGCUUUGAGGUGGACACCAGCCACGCUUCACCUGUGAAGGGUGAGGGGAUGCCGCUAGGACUCCCCACGGCCGUGGUCCUCACCCUGGCGGUGCUGCUCUUCAGCGACGUCCUGCCCUGCUUCACGCGCUUCGACAAAAUGUUGCACACUCAUAUCGUGCCCGGACUACCUUGCAUUACCGUCAUCUUGAGCGUGCUAGCCACCCCUGUGCAACUCUACUGCGGUUGCCGCUUCCACUUGGGUGCCUACCAUGCCAUCUCGACUGGAGUUUGGGACAUGAACGUCCUCAUCUCCUUGGGAACUGCCUUGUGCUUCGCCUAUUCCUUCAUGGUCACCUUCUGUAUGAUCAUUGCCUCCCACGUGGCCGGCAUCGAAUGCAAGGCGCCGCCCCCAUCCUACUUCGAGACGCCUUGCUUCGUGAUCACCACCAUCCUCGUGGGCAAGCACCUGGAGGCCUGGGCGCGCAGCGGCGCGUCGGAGUCGCUGCAGCAGCUCCUGGCGCUGCGGCCGCGCUGCGCGCACGUCCUGUCCGCACCCAACGGGACGGAGGUGGAAGACAUGCCAGCACAGCUGUUGGAAAUCGGCGACCACCUCCAGAUCUUUCCGGGCGAAACCGCUCCAACUGAUGGGAUCAUGACAUCGGACUGUGGCUAUGCCGAGUUCGACGAGUCCCUCCUGACUGGCGAGUCUCGGCCGGUUCGGAAGAAGAAGGGUGAUGCCAUCAUUGGAGGCUCCAAAUGUUUGACCGGGCGAGCAGAGAUGCAGGUGGAGAAGCUGGGCAGUGGGACGAUGCUGAGCCAAAUCAUGACGCUGGUGGAGACCGCACAGCUCACCCGUGCGCCCGUGCAACGGGUCGCGGAUGCCGUCGCCCAAUGCUUCGUGCCCACCAUCGUGGCCUUGAGCCUAAUGACCUGGAUGGCCUGGUUCCUGCUGGUCUAUACCUUUAAUGUGAUCCCCUUGACCGCCAUCCUGCAGGGGCGUACGAGCUCCUGGCCGCAGCUCGACAAGGCCUUCUUCGUCCUGGAGCACGGCCUCAACGUGCUCCUCAUCGCGUGUCCCUGCGCCCUCGGCCUGGCGACGCCCACCGCCGUCAUGGCCGCCACCGGGGUGGCGGCGCGCUGCGGCAUUUUGGUCCGCAGUGGCGCUGAGCCCUUGGAGCUGGGGUCCAAAGUCAAGGCGGUGGUCUUGGACAAGACGGGGACUCUCACCUUGGGCCGCCCCAGCGUGGUUGGCACCAGCAUUGUGUGCCCCUGGACUCUCGAGGACCGUGUUUGGGAGCGUUUGCUGCGCGCCUUCCGCCAGCACCGGGCUGAUGCCGAUGGCGACACGAGCACCGGACACCGAGCGCGGAAGUUUUCGUUGGUGGCGGACCUGCCGGCAGCGUGGCUCACGCCUUCCGACGCGGAGCUGCGCGAGCGGACGCGCGUGCGCAGCCCCAGCUGCAACUCGGAGACCUCGACGAGCGCCUCAGAGGAGGAGGGCGACGCCAGGCUGCGCCUUUCCAUGCCAGGAUCCUCUGCUGCCGUGGCCAGGGACCACCUACGCCAAGAGGCCGAGAAGGCACUGUGGUGGGCCAUCGGCUCCGCUGAGAUCUCCAGCGAACACCCUGUGGCCAAGGAGCUGGUGGAGAUCGCUGGGCAGAAAGCGCGCAGCGCCCUGUCCAAGCCCAGCAGCUUCGAGAAUAUGACAGGCGUUGGGCUUCAAUGCGUGCUGCCUGGCAAUCUUCACGUUCAAGUCGCUUCGGCCCAGCAUAUCCUGGGCAAAGGCAGCCCGCAGUCACUGGUGGCUUGGGUAGAGGCGCAGAUGUCCUCCGGCGCCACAGUGGUGGCCGUGGCCGUGGAGGAGGUGCCGUUGGCCGCGGUGGCGCUCCGGGACAAACUGGCGCCGUUUGCGCGGACCUGCGUGGCGCAGCUCGAGCUGUCCAACGUGCAGGUCUGGAUGUGCACGGGAGAUCACCGUGUCGCAGCGGAAGCCGUUGCCAGAGAGUGUGGCAUCGACGCUGGGCGGGUUGUGGCACAAGCACUGCCAGCGGACAAGGUGAAGUUGGUGAAAACCUUGCAGGAGAAGUGCUACCUCCCAGGAGAAAAGGAGACCCGAAACAUUGUCGCGAUGGUGGGAGAUGGAAUCAACGAUGCUCCCGCCCUGGCGGCCGCAGAUGUGGGUGUAGCCAUCGGAGCUGGACAAAACGUCGUUUGCCGGUGCCACGUGGCACCGCGCACUAACGUGGGCACGUGCGAGAUCCGUCAGGUGACGGUGGAAGCUGCAGAUCUGGUGCUGGUGCGGAGCGAUCUUCGAGAUUUGCUUGCCUUCUUCGCCCUCGCCAAGGAGACGCUGCGGACGAUCUGGUUCAACUUCUUGUGGGCCUUUCUCUUCAACACCUGUGCACUGCCGUUGGCCGCGGGCAUGUUUUGGCGCUAUGGGGUGCUCAUCAACCCGCAGAUCGCCUGCACCCUCAUGCUGGGCUCGUCCCUCUUCGUCGUCUUCAGCUCCUUGCUGUUGAAGCGCUUUGUCCCACCGCCUCUGGACUCGCCGCCGGUGUGA